UUAGAAAAGUGUGGUGUUUUGAUAAAAGCUACGUUUUAUUCUUAUUCAUGCUUAAUCAGUGGAAUCUUCGGUUUACUCCUAAAGGUCUAGCUAUCAUCAGCUACUCGGUUUUCGACUCAUUACGAAUCAAACAUGUCUGAAAGAGACGGCUCGAGUUAAGAACCUCUCGGACCGAUUCAGUCCGAUUCGCGAUGAAAUCGUUCCACGAUUCAUUGAAAAGAUCCGACUCAACCGAACGAUUCUUGAACGAAUCGGACAUGGCUAGCAGACGGGGGCUUGGCUCCCGGCGUAAUCUGACCCCAGCACUCGGCUCUUUAAAGGAAUAAAGGAUGAAUUUACUGAAUGGAGAUCCGCUGCAACGUCUGCUGAGUUCAGAGCAGAACCGAAAGCGCUAAAAGACGGCGCCACGGAGAAUGAAAGUUUCGGAGGAGCAACUUUUGAGAGAGUUUACGAACUUUGGAGGCGUAGCGCAGCGAGGUGAUGUGAUCUACCGGCUCUGAAAACAUUAAAGUAAAAACUCGGCCGGUCAAGAGAAGGACAGUCAAGGUUGGCAGACUGGCACACGUGCACAGAUGGCAGAGGUGAUGGAGGGCGUAGCCACGGCAGCCGUGCCCAACACCAGUGUGGACUGGCAGAAGAGAUGCAUCGCUCUGGAGACGCAGCUUAUGAGGUUUCGUCUGCAAGCGGGAAAUAUCCGCCACCUACUUGCUGAGAGGAUGCAGGAGUUGGAACAGAGAGUGAUAGAGGCUGACCAGCGGGCAGAGAACGCUGAAAAACAGGUCCAUAUAAUGGAGGAGAAACUGAAGUCUGCAAACAUGCAGCCCAGCGAAUCGGAAAACUCACUGUACAGGCGCUAUCAAGAGCUGAGCAGUCAAAUUCAGGAGAAAGAUAUGAUCAUAAAGCGACUCGAAGGACAGCUGGAGAAGCAGAACUUGGUUCGAGCACAAGAGGCCAAGAUUAUUGAAGAGAAGGCUGCAAAAAUCAAAGACUGGGUCACGUUUAAGUUGCGAGAGAUGGAAACCGAGAACCAGCAGUUAAAGAAGGCAAACCUGAAGCAGGCUGAGCAGAUCCUCAUACUGCAAGACAAGCUUCAGACUCUUCUCGAGAUGCCCAUGUCCCCAGCAGUGGAUGCCCACCUGGUCCCUUCCAGCCCACUCCACCCUCCCAGCUGCCCCGGGACACCCCCUGUCCAGGAGGAGGGCUGGAGAUUGACAGGAUCUCGCAUGGCCAAUUCUACAGAUAGCAAAAGGAAAGUCACGGAGGGCUGCGAUUCCGCUUUUCAUAGUGCAUCCUUACUUCCUACAUUACAAGACAAAGGAGACUCUUAUAAGUCUAGUCAAGAUGGUGUUGACACCACAACCUCGGUAAAGGAGGCCGGAGAGGGGGCGGAGCCUUCUUUUGGAGCAUCACGUGAGAGAGGAGUGGGAGGAGCCUCAGACAGAGAUCACUCUUCUGAUGAGCUCAACAGCAAAUUUCGUUCCCAGCGCCUUCGCUCUUCUUCCUCAUCUUCUUCCUCAUCCUCCUCAGCAUAUGAGACUCCUGGUCCGGGUGGCUUUGACACGCCUACCCCCACUCCUAAAAGCCCUCCUCCUGUGCCCCUCUCACCCCCAUUAAUAUGCCUCCCUCUGUCAUGCCCCUUCCAUCUGGCUUUACCCUUGGGCACCAGCAUGACCCUUCCCAAAGUUCGCACUCCUCUAACCCCCCGUGACAGCAUCCAACUUGUGAAGAAACACCACAGUCAGCCGCAACCCGGCAUAGAGCGCCUCCAUCAGGUCAACGUCAACAUUGAUAUCGGAAACUGCACCUCUCCAUCCUGUGGUUCGGUUCCCACACAUGGGCUAGAGGAGACGGACAUUGAUGAAGGGCCUCCAGAAAGCAUGGAGGGUGUGGUGGAGGGGUCAGAGAUGGAAGCUCAGCCUACUGAUGGAGGCUUAUUGGAUAGGUUGGCCAAAGAGUUUGAGAUGAUGGACCCAGAAGCUCUUAAACCACCUACACCACCUCUGCACAGAUUUCCCUCUUGGGAGAGCCGGAUCUAUGCAGUAGCUAAAUCAGGAAUGAGAGUCUCAGAGGCCUGUCUUGGAGCUAAGACUUUCGGAAGAGUAUCCACCCAACCUCAGCACUCAACAACUGGCCCCUUCACCCACCUCAUUUAUAAGAACAUCAGUGUGCCUGUGUACUCCACUCUUAAAGGGAAGGCGACUCAGAUCAGCACUGUCCCUCUUCCCGAUGAUGACUCCGGUUCAGAAGACGACAGCAGCUCAUUGGCCAGCUUGCACACGUCCAUACUGGGGCCAGAUAAAAAGGGCAGCACCCCUGGCAGCCCUCGGGCUGUCAAAAGAGGUGUUUCUAUGUCCUCCAUCAGUUCAGAGAGUGACUAUGCCAUUCCUCCGGAUGCGUACUCGUUGGACAGUGACUGCUCAGAGCCCGAGCACAAGGUGCAGCGCACCUCCUCCUACUCCUGUGAGAGUGUUGGACAGGAGACUCUAGAAAAGACAGGUUACUUGCUGAAAAUGGGUAGUCAGGUAAAGGCAUGGAAGAGGCGCUGGUUCAUUCUGAGGAACGGGGAGAUCUUGUACUACAAGUCGCCGAGUGAUGUGAUCCGGAAACCUCAGGGCCAAAUGGAGCUGAACUCCUCGUGUCAUAUAGCCCGCGGAGAGGGAGCUCAGACAUUCCAGUUAAUUACAGAGAAGAAGACCUUUUACUUGGCUGCAGACUCCCCAAAUAUCCUGGAGGACUGGAUCAGAGUUCUCCAGAAUGUUCUCAAGGUCCAGGCCAGUGGACCAGUUUCCAUGGAUAAAGAAGUCAAGGCCACUGUGAGAGGCUGGCUAACAAAGGUGAAGCAUGGUCAUUCAAAGCUUGUGUGGUGUGCUUUGAUUGGGAAAGUCUUCUACUACUACCGUAACCAGGAUGACAAGUUACCUCUGGGUCAGCUACAUGUUCGGGAAGCACGGGUGGAAGAAGUGGACAGAUCGUGUGACUCUGACGAGGAUUAUGAAGCAGGUGGGCGGGGCUUCCUCUCCUCUCACUUUACGUUAGUGGUCCAUCCCAAAGAGCAAAGCCCCACCUACCUGCUUGUCGGCACUAAACAAGAAAAGGACACCUGGCUGUACCACCUGACUGUUGCGGCGGGCAGUUGUGCCAGCCUGAGGGUGGGCACAGAGUACGAACAGCUGAUCGGCAAGCUGUUGGAUGUCGAUGGAGAUCCAGACUCUGCUCUGUGGAAACGUGAAGUGCUGUGCUUCAGUAAGGAGGGUCUGCGGUACCCCCUCACCACGCUACCCUCCGAGGCACUUCAAACAGAGGCUCUCAAGCUCUUUAAGUCAUGCCAGCUGUUCAUCAAUGUGCUGGUGGAAUCACCCUCAAUCGACUACCACACCUCGCUGGCCCAGAAUGCACUGCAGGUGUGCCUAACACAUCCAGAGCUGCAGAAUGAAAUGUACUGUCAGUUGAUCAAACAGACCAAUUGCCGCACUCCUCACAACUAUGCCCUUACGCAGUGCUGGCAGCUGUUGUCAUUGUGUGUAGCUCUCUUCCUGCCUCAGCACCAUUUCCUGUGGUACCUGAGACAGUACCUGCAGCAGAAUGCAGAUCCCAGGACUGAAGUGGGGAAGUAUGCAGUGUACUGCCAGCGCUCAGUCGAGAGAACUUUACAGAACGGAGAGAGAGAAGCAAAGCCUUCGCGGAUGGAAAUUUUAUCUAUUCUGUUGAGAAACCCGUAUCAUCACUCUCUACCCUUCAGCAUACCUGUACACUUCAUGAACAACACUUAUGAGGUUGUUGGUUUUGAUGGUUCCACCACAGUAGAGGAGUUCCUGAACACUGUGAACCAGAGGGCAGGCAUGAGGAAACCAAAGAUUUCAGGCUUUGCGCUCUUCACUGACGACCCCUCUGGCAAAGAUCUGGAGCACUGCCUGCAGCCCAGCAAUAAAAUCUGUGAUGUGAUCUCCAAGUGGGAACAGGCACUGAAAGAACUUCAUCCUGGAAAAUAUGAAGGAACACGGAUUGUCCGUCUCACUUAUAAAAGCAGGCUGUGUUUCCGAGCUCAGGCUAAGGGGGAAACUGAGCGAGAGCGCCUUCUGCUGGCAUAUCAAGUAAAUGAUGAGGUACAACAAGGGCACUUCCCUGUCAGUAAAGAAUUGGCCCUGGAAGUGGCGGCGCUGAUGGCACAGGUUGAGCAUGGUGACCUAGACCGGCCUGCAAUGUCUCCUGUUGGUUCUCCUCAGCCGAAGACCCAACAGGUCCUUCUGCAGGUACUGGAGCGGUUUUACCCUAAACGCUACAAACAAGAAUGCAGCAUGGAACAGCUCAGGGACCUCGGUGAGCGUUUGGCCACUAAGUGGUCUGUCCUGCAUGGGUGCACAGCCUCCGAAUGUGUGAGAAUCUAUCUCACCGUGGCCCGCAAGUGGCCUCUGUUCGGGGCCAAGCUGUUCAGUGCCAAGCCACUGCCUCCCUCUUCAUUGGAUCAGACUCAGGUGUGGCUGGCUGUUAAUGAGGAUGGGCUGAGUGUCCUGGACUACACAAUGCACCCAUUGGCCACAUAUCCAUACCAGUCAGUGAUCACCUUCGGAGGCUGCAAGGAAGAUUUCAUGCUAGUGAUCAGCCAGAUUAAAGACCAGGCUUUGGGCAAGAAGACUGUGGAUAAACUUUUAUUUGCAAUGGCUAAACCAAAGAUCUUGGAACUGACGCUCCUCAUGGCUAGUUAUAUUAACUACUGGACCUCCAGCUUACCAGGGGCCGGCAACCAGACUCAAGGCUCAGUGCUGGGGCCUCCGGGAGACAGGAAGCUCUGGGACAUAGACAGCCGACACUUCCCCUCAAUGACAUACACAACCAAAGGCCCCACUCUCCUUUAAAACCUCAGCCUCCAGGUGUCUGGACACAUCGGCAACUACACAAAUAAAAACGCAUUUUGGGAAACAUUUAGAUGAUUUAGUUUGGGAUACAAUUCAGACUUUUUGUGUUUGAAGGUUCAAACAAUAAACUGGAAGACAAAAGUUAUUUAUUGUGCGAAACGGUCAACUAUUUGCACACUGUUCGUAGUCCAAAUACAAAAAAUAAACACAUCACAAAGUUGGUUUAUAAAUGGAGACUCGUAGUGACCCGCCCUGAGAAGAUCACCCACCGAGUCAGAGUAGAUCCAAGAGUAUUUUAUUCUUGAGUGCAAAAAGUUUGGCGCUUAUUUUUAAGGAAUUGGAGCUUUUAAACUGGACUUCCAGGUAAAGACAUGGUUUGACUUUUUCAUUUGUGUGUAACAUGAUUUUGUUUCAUCUCUGUCUUUGUUUGAAUUUUUUAUUGUUUAGUUAGUUUUAUGUUUAUAUUUGUUAUAUUAGGACAUUUCCACUGUUUAAAUAAUGGUACCAUCAGUCAUUUAAAGUUUAUACAGUGAAUACUUCAUCAGGAUGCUUAGAAACAUUACAUCAUCUCUAGUACAUUAGCACAUACGAUGCAAACUAGGUAACCAGUAAAUAAACGACAGUACGGAGCCCAGCAUAUGACAUGCAGGAAAAAAAUAGUAGGCUAAAUCACGUGCAUGAUUUAGCAAAUCGAGGGAAUGAAAUAGUAAAUCCUGCGCACGAUUCUGCAAAUCGAGGGAACGAAAUAGUAAAUCCUG